GGUGGUUUUGGCCUGUUUCCGGCAGGAUCAGAGGACGCGGUGGCAGAGGCAGUGCGAACCGGCGUUGUCCUACGAGAUCUUCCAGGUCUGAGCUGACAUGGCGGCGGCUUUUCGGAAGGCGGCUAAGUCCCGGCAGCGAGAACACCGAGAACGAAGCCAGCCUGGCUUUCGAAAACGUCUGGGCCUGCUGGAGAAAAAGAAAGAUUACAAACUUCGUGCAGAUGACUACCACAAGAAACAAGAAUACCUCAGAGCUCUCCGGAAGAAGGCUCUUGAAAAAAAUCCAGAUGAAUUCUACUAUAAAAUGACUCGGGUUAAGCUCCAGGAUGGAGUUCAUGUUAUUAAGGAGACAAAGGAAGAAGUAACUCCAGAACAGCUAAAGCUGAUGAGAACUCAGGAUGUCAAAUAUAUAGAAAUGAAAAGGAUUGCAGAGGCUAAGAAAAUUGAAAGACUAAAAUCAGAGCUCCAUCUGCUGGACUUCCAGGGGAAGCAACAAAAGAAGCAUGUGUUCUUUUUUGACACCAAAAAGGAAGUUGAACAGUUUGAUAUCGCAACUCACCUGCAUACAGCGCCGGAACUAGUCGACAGAGUCUUCAAUAGACCCAGGAUAGAGACAUUGCAGAAGGAAAGAGUGAAGGGAGUUAACCAUCAGACUCGACUUAAGCGGAUAGCUAAAGAAAGGCAAAAGCAAUAUAACUGCCUGACACAGCGGAUUGAGCGAGAGAAGAAAUUGUUCGUUAUUGCACAGAAAAUUCAAACACGCAAAGAUCUUCUGGAUAAAGCUCAGAAGGUGAAGGUGAAGAAAGAAACAGUGAACUCCCCAGCUAUUUACAAAUUUCAGAGUCGUCGAAAACGUUGACAUGUUAUAGAUAAGCCUUAUCUUUCUGCAUUGAAAAUAAUUCUAUUUUUUUCUAGUAACUUCAAAUCCCAUUAGUCUGAAUGACAUGGUUUUCCUGUUUGUAACCAUGAUUUUUUGUCACUCUAACAUUCGAUGUCUAUGAAUAACAUUAUAUCGCCUUCCCUAUGUUUUUGGUUCGUGAAA